AACAAGUGAUAAAACUGUUAAAAUAAGUCACUUAUUCAAGGAGUACAAUUCUAAUUACGAUGUAACCCAUGGCAUUGUAUCUGAUAACUAUGUAUUUCGACCAAUGGGGUCAGCUCGUAUGGUCACUGACAACAAGGUAGAUCUCCAGCUAGUAAAAGGACAGUAUGUGCAGGAAGCCAGACAGAGUUACUACAGUUUUCUUGAGCCAAACAUCAGUCGGUUUUCUGUUAUUGUACGUUUAUUUAACACACCUCCAUUACAAGCCAAGGAUGAUGAGACUUUAUGUGGACAUAUUGAAUUGCAGUUUAGAGUUGGACCACUCUCUAUCAACAAGGAACUUAUAACAAGGUUUUCUACCAAUCUAACUAAUGGAAAAGUCAUCUACACAGAUGAGAAUGCUUACCAGAUGAUGAAAAGAAAUUUCAGAAAAAACACUACAGAACCUAUUGCACAGAAUUACUACCCAAUGGUUAGCACAGCUUACAUUGAAGAUGAAAAAAAAGAUUUAAGAUUGACAUUAUUAUCUGAGAGAAGCCAUGGUGUCAGUAGUCUUACAGAUGGUCAAAUGGAGGUGAUGUUACACCGUAGACUUAUCAAUAACCAAGAAAUGGCACAGAAUUACAAUCUCACUUUGAAUGAUACUUCUGUUGUAAUGCCAACCCUCUGGUUGUUACUUGGCAACAAAGUAAGAUCAUCAUACCUGCAACAUCGUGGAUGGCUAGAGCUGGAGAAUCCGCCUGUUGUAAUUGUUAUAAACCAGAGUUGUAAUGACGAACUGAAAGAACUUGGAACAAAUUUUACAUUCAUACCAAAUUUAGAAAGAAUAUUAUUAAGAUUACAUCAUAUGUAUGCAGUAGGAGAACAUCCAACUUUGUCAAACUCUGUCACUGUUAACUUAAAUGAUAUAUUUUCCCCUAUGGGUAAUAUUAUAAGUUUGCAAGAAAGAAGUUUGACUGGAAUAUGGGCGCAAGAAGAUGUACAGAGAUGGACAUGGGCAACUCAUCAAG